UGACUGUUUGGAAAACAAAAAGUUUCAUAGUGGUUAUUUUGCAAAAUGCUGUUUUUGCAAAAACAAUAACAGCGAAAUUUGUGUGGCUCCUGUUGAUUCCACUAAAUACUGCAGUUAUUGCCUUGCCUAACUAGACAUAUCCUUUCAAAUAAAAUCAAACCCCAAUGAAUGCCGUGAUAGCUCUUUGUCAUUUCUGCGAGGCCCAUGGCCCCUGCGCCUUAUUCUGCACUCAAACCCUGCGAGACACGAAAAUCGACGAUUUGCAGCUCGAGCAGCAGCAGCAACAACAAACAAAAUUGACAUGCUCAGCCUGCAAUUCGAUGGGACGGCACAACUUCAAUGCCAUCUACAGCACCGAUACGGAAAGUGGAGCCACAUUUAUGAGCACACGAGUCCCAGUGUUACCCGAAGUGUUCACUCUGGUCAAUCAGGCAGCUGUUCUGAGUCUCAGCAAUGAAAUAGAUACCAACAAAGCCCUUCCACAGCAGCAACAGAAUCAAAAAACAACAACCGGCCAGACAACAACCAAGGAUAAGGACGGUGAAUUUGUAUUUUUUGGCGAUUCGACCCGCGGGCAUAUACUAAGUCAUAAGUUUCGUGUAAGCGAUCUAAAGGCUCGAGGAUCCUUUCAGCUUUUUUCCAUUAUAGUUUUAAUGAAGGAUAAAUAUUUUCUAUUAAAUACAAAACCAUUUCUGGCCGAACACCUAAAGAAAGUGUCAUCGGAGUUGCAAGCGGGCGCCUUAAGAACCAAAGAGGCCGAGGAAAUCAACUAUUCAACGGCUAGACAAAGGCGGCUUUCAGGCCAACAGUUUCUUACACACUCGUAUCGCUCCUUACCGGAACUUACGGGGGAGGAUAAUAUAUUUCCCCAAUUACAUUCACAUUUUGCCUGGCUUUUGCUGGCUGGUUCGCGUUUCCUUACCGAACAUGUAACGUUUGGUAAUCUGCCCUGGCUGCCACCGCAAAGCAGUGGUCGUCCACCAGCACAGAGACUGACAUAUAACAGCUCAACGUUGCCUAUGAUUCAGAAAUAUGAAGAGUCCAUAGAUGAUCCCGAGCAGGAGGAGUUCUUCUCUUUGCGUCAUUUGAAAAAAGUUUUACGCAAGGAGGAAUUCGCUAUGGUUUGCUAUUGUGCCUUAACCGGGAUAAAGAUAAUUGUUCGAGGCUCCCCGGAACGCACAUUUCGGUUUAUGGUUUGCCUAAAGAAACUCUUGCCUGAAGCCAUGCACAAUCUCAUACGUAUCGAUGCCCAGCAUCAACACUCGAUUAGCUCAGAAUAUAAAAUUAUAUCCGUAUCAAAUGACAUAGCAGUGCCCAUAGCCAGUACUGGAGUAUUUCGCAUCGAUUUUCUUGAUCGGCAUGUCAACGGUCAUGAAGUUUCAGUCAAGUGGCCUGCUGAAUUGCCUAGAAAAUUGCCCGAUCUCAUGGUCAAGCUACUGAAGGCGGUUGAAGAAAAAAUCUUUACUGAGCUGGUCCUAAACAAACAGACUAAAGUUUUAAUUGAAGAGUGGAAGAACAAAGUAAUUUGCCUGAAUCAUGCCAAAUCCUCCAGCGUGCAACUCAAAUUAAAAAAGGUUUUGGGUGUACAACCGCAGGAUCAGCCUUUGAUCAAUUAUUGGAGCACACAUUUGCAUUGAUCCUAUACUAGGAUUAAGGCACCUUUUUUUAAUGUAUUAAUAAUAGAAUAUCUUGUACAUAAUUAUACUUUACUUUAUGGUACGUGCCUACAUAGAUCUUGGUUGGUUCGUGUUUCGUAUAAUAAAAUUAUUUUUAAUUGAAA